AUGGCGUUGCUCAGUUGCCUGGUGAGGCAGGCCGAGGGACAUGGCAUGAUGCUGAGUCCAGUGGGUCGAUCCUCUCGCUGGCGCUACGACUCCUCAGCGCCCCAGAAUUAUGACGACAGCGCCUUGUACUGUGGCGGCUUUUGGAAACAAACCGAAAACAAUGGCAACUGCGGCCUGUGCGGCGACGACUACAGCUUGCCCACGCCACGCCCCAACGAGCUGGGCGGCAAGUUCGGUGCUGGGGUCAUAGUCAAGAGCUACAUCGGCGGCGGUGUCAUUGAGAUAAACGUGCUGAUCACGGCCAACCAUCUGGGCCACUUCAGCUUCCACCUGUGCAGCCUGGACGAGUUCGGCACCGAGUCGGAGCGCUGCUUCGACAAGUAUCCCCUGCAGUUCCCCGAUGGCAGCACCAAGUACUACAUUGGCUCACAGACCGGCAGCUACGAUCUGAGCGUACGGCUGCCCAGCGGCCUCAGCUGCAAGCAUUGCGUGUUGCGCUGGACCUAUACGGCGGGCAACAACUGGGGCAUUUGCGAGGACGGCAGCGGCGCCAUGGGCUGUGGUGCCCAGGAGAACUUCAAGAACUGCGCUGAUAUCACCAUCUUGAGCUCAGCUCGAGGCAUUAUUGAGGACUUGGCGCUGCCAGUGAUAGUGCCUGAGGCAGAACCAGAGCCAGUGCCAGUGCCAGAGUCUGUGGCAUAG